CCGGGGGGGAAGCGACAUUGUCAAGUCUUGUAAAAUGAGGAAUGGUUUUGCUAAAUCUUUCUGUUUAUUUUUCAAUAAAUUUUGAUAAUGUAAGACCGACUUUUUGUAUAAUAACAUGUAUUUAGUUUACCCAAAGUGUUUGCUGAACUUCAGGUUGCUUUUGGGCUAAACUUGGUGGAUUUUGAAGAAAAAAAUAUACAAACACAAAGUAAGUUAAAAAAUACAUUAUUAUUAAGUUAAUAAAUAAGCAUACAUUAUUUUUAUAGUACAAUUUUUUAAUUUUUACAAUUUAUAAAUUAUUUUUUUAAAAUUUAUGUAUAAUAUCGUUCAAUUCUUAGCUCUCGCACAAUUUGGUAUAUUCUUCUAACAAAAUUUUUUCUAUCAAACAUCUAGGCAACGGCAGCCGUGAUGCGUUUUUGUACGCAUUUUGUUGCAGAAAAUUUUUCCUUAUAACAUGAAGGCACAUAUGCUCCAAGAUUUUGGGUUCAGUUUUCGUGUUAUAAAGAUAUCUCCAAAGUGCUUUAUGACACAUGGUUAAAAGCGAGUGGCUUUGAAAAUGCUGGUCGUUAAGCGUUGCGUUAAAUUCCUGUAGUAGUCGCACAAUGUUUUUGUGGCCACGCACCAUUGCAUAAUGUAAAGGUGUGUAACCGUUAUAAAACUCGGAGAUGUUAACGUUCACUCCGUUUAGGCACAACCACCUUGUCGCGUCCAGGUUGCCGUUCAUUGCAGAUAAAUGUAGAGGGGUGCACCCUGUGAACGUCUGAGCAUUUAACAAUGCUCCAUAUUCAAUCAAGAGUUUGAUAAUGUCACCAUUGUCUUGUUCAGCAGCAAAAUGCAGAGGGCAGUAUCCAUGUAUUUUGUCCGCGGUGUAGUUGACGUCCGCACCAAAUUUGCAUAAGAGUCGCACACUUUCAAUUUGGUUAUUUAGGAUGCUUAUAAUCAGUGGCGUAUGACAGUUGUAGUUAGGAGCGUUGAUAUCAGCAUGUUGGACUCUUACAAGUUGAUUAAUUUUGUGCAAUGAUCCGUACUUUGCCGCAAAUCUCAGCUGGCAUUCCAGGCUCUGGUCCGUCAAAUCAAAUCGAACUUUUUUGUGGCAGUUUUCUAUAAGCAAAAUAAUUUUGAGUUAUUGUUGGCCAAGCAAUGUUAUUAAUUUUACCUGAAUAUUUAUCCAUUUGUUGUGGUUUAGUAAGGAUCAUUGCUUAUUUGUCCUUACACUACAGGAGUAAACCAAAACUAAACUAACUCUAUUUACAUUGGAUAAAAAAAAUGUGGUUGCCAUAGAGUAUUUUAAUAAAACACAAAACAAUAGACACUACGGAAAUUUUAAACAUUUUCAUUCUUUACGUUUCGACUAUAAUUUAAGUCAUCUUCAGAAGAAUGCAUUCUUCUGACAAGAAGAGAGGAACCUGGACCAAACUCUGUUUAUGCUGGAUAGCUCUAUCAGUUCUAAAUUGAUCUCUGUAGAAGUCCAGGAAUGGACAUCCCUUAAUUAUUGGGCCACUGGCUGUUACUAUACAGAAGACCCAAGUACCCAGACAAAGCUACAUGAAUCAAGACCUCUGUUUUAGUGGUAAAAGGCACAUUAACUAACUAUUAAUAGAUCAAUUAUUGUAAUACUGAGAUAUUACUGUAAAACUAGUUAAAUAUUAUAUCAAAAGAAAUAUUAUAUCAUAAAUUAGAUUACCCAUUACUUUGUUGCAAAACAUUUCAAAUGUGUAACUUUUAUCAUGUGAUAUAAGCACCAUAUAUACUGUACAACAUAAUUGUACAAAGCUGGUUAUUUUAAAAUACUAUGACUUGACGAAAAUAUAUUAUACUGUUAAGUGACAUGCUCAGGCCUGUUCUCUGAUAAAUACGAAAACUAUUUAAGUUAUUUAGCGGGUAUAUAAAUAUGAUGGAAAGCUGUUCUUAGAAGCAUUGUACAAAAAGUGAACAUACCUUUUGUUGGCAUUGUCAACGAAAAUACUACGAUUUCGAAAGCAUUGAGUUGUCAUUGACCGAUUGACGUAACCUUUUUAAAUUGGAUCAAUAUUUUUUAUCCAUUUUUGCUUUGCGUUUAAUAUAAUUUAUAAAACCAAGAUGCACAAGAUACUGGAUGAUUUUAUGACUUGAAAUUCGCUAUAAAAUCGUUUUCUUUCAUUGAUUUUGACAAAACAAUGUAUAUAAACAGCUGGUGACGACAGAGUUUACGAAUGCAAAUUUGAAAUUUCAGACAAAAAAAUCUGAAUUGUGCAAAUCCCUGCAAUUUUAAUAUUUCUGAAAACACAGUAAAUUAACACUACACAGAAAAUGAUUGUACCACAGUAUCCUUUUCAAAAUAGUACAAAAUGAAACGAAAAUAAAACAAAAUGAAGUCAUUUUCACGAUCUUUUGAAAAAUUUUUUGUUUUUGUUUUGAAUUUUCACUUCCGUUUUUUGUGCAUUUACUUCCGGUUCUUCCGGUGGUUUCCAACUUCCGGCAGCGCGUUAUUCAAUAUGGCGGCCGCAGUGAUUCAUUCUUGUGGAAAUUCUGCCGUGGAAAUUGUGUAUAAAUCCUGCAAACCUGACAGUAAUAAACUUUGUAUGAAACGAGACAAGAGUGAUGUAAAAUGCAAGGUAUUUAUUCACUUGGUUUGUUAAAAUAUUUGAAGAGAAACUCAGAAACUGCUUGAUUUUAAAAAGAAAAUUGUAACUAGCACGUGGGUAUAAACCAUAAAAUGACCAUAAUCAUAUAAUAAAAACUUAACUAUCACCAGUACUGUCAAAACCAUUACUAUCAUCACCAAUAUUAUCACUUCCUCACCAUUGCCAAUACAAUCAUCAAUACCAUCUUCAUGAUCACCAAUACUGAUCAUUACCAAUACCAUCAUCACCAUGCCCAUUACUACCAUUGUCACCACUAUCAUCAAUAUUAUCACCAAUAUUAUCAUCAAUUUUAUCAUCAAUUUUAUCAUCAAUAUUAUCACCACCAGUAUUAUCAUCAGCAAUAUUAUCAUCACCAAUAUUAUCAUCACCAAUAUCAUCAUCACCAAUAUUAUCAUCAUCACCAAUAUUAUCACCACUAAUAUUAUCACCAUCAUCAUGACCAAUGUUAUCAUCACCAAUAUUAUCACCAUCAUCAUCACCAAUAUUAUCACUGUUGUCACCAAUAUUAUCAUCACUAAUAUUAUCAUCACCACCAUCAUCACCAAUAUUAUCACCAAUAUUAUCAUCACCGAUAUCAUCACCAAUAUUAUCAUCACCAAUAUUAUCAUCAUCACCAAUAUUAUCAUCACCGAUAUCAUCAUCAAUAUUAUCAUCACCAAUGUUAUCAUCACCAAUAUUAUCACCAUCAUCACCACUAAUAUUAUCCUCACCAAUAUUAUCAUCAAAUAUUAUCACCACCACAAUUAUCACCACCAUCAUCAUCACCAAUAUCACUACUUUUAUCACUAUCAGCAUCGUCAUCAGCAUUUCCACCAUCAUUAUUAUCAUCACCACUGCCAUCAUUGCCACUAUAACUUUACCAACACCAUUACACUCAUUACCACCAUCACUGGACUAAAGGAUUGUAUCAAUCAAUCAUAAUACUGGUGCUCUAGGCAUAAACCACCCCCAACCUCGCAAGCAAGGGCCUCCACACCCGCGGCGGGUGUGGAGGCCCUUGUUUGCGAGGUUGAAACCACCCCAAGUUUACAUACCUUAGAACAUAACAAAAACUAUGUAAUUCCAGGAACCGUACAUCACUCUAACCAAUGGAUUUACAGCUCGAGGAAUAACAACAACCAUUAAAGCCAUUGCCAGAAUCUCAGAAUGCAACCUACUUGGACAAGAUAUAUUACAGGAAGCGGAAGUCGACCAGUGGAUGGAAUAUUGUCUUACAAAAAUUAAUCCUUGUUGCGAAGAUAAAACAGAAAUUAAAGAUAUUAUCAAGGUAUUUAGUUUAAACACAUUAUGGUAGAAUUAAAUAAAUUCGGUACUUUUAUAGACCAAAUUUAUUUUUUACUUGAAAUUAUUUUAAGGACUAAUUUUUAACCCUUCAAAAAUUAUAAACAACAUACUGAAGAACUUAAUGCUGAUAAUAAUGUGAACAAUUUCUAGUUGUUGAACUCAUUCUUAGUGGACAGAGCAUUCUUUGUUGGUAAUUCCCUAACUACCGCUGAUUUACUAAUAUUCUCAACGUUAUUUGAUGUUUAUGUAAGUAAAUUUUAUCUUUUACAAUUUAUGUAUUAUUGCACGCAAGAUUAACGAAAGAUUAGAUGAGUUUUCAGUACAUAAAAUAUCGUAUUGUGUUUUUCGGUAGAAUACGUUGACAAUUCAGGAAAAAGAAAGAUAUAUCCACGUCUCGAGAUGGUUUCAAGAGGUUUGUCGUAUAAGAUUAUUUUCUCUUCUUUUUAUAAAUAUAUAUUUACGUAAUGAAAAUAUGUCUUGCUUCUUGUAGGUUCAAAAUAUUUGUUGUACGACAGAUAAAUCAAGAACGAAAGUUGUAUUUCUUCGCAAUUUGUUAUAUUGAGAAAGAAAUAUUAAAAUAGUCUUAAAUUUAGUAUUAAAGAUGUAAAUUAAUACAAAAUAACAGUAAGUUAAUAACGUUUGUCAAUAUUUAGUUAACAACAAUAUAUAACGUUUGACACAUUAUUUUCUGCGAGGUUUGAGACAGUUUAACUGUCUGUCUUCAGGUUUCGUUACUAUUUACACAGAAAUUCCGGUAAUUCCGAAUAGAAGUUAAGUUCUCCGAACCAAGUUGAUGACGUCAUCAAUUUCUCAUCUCACCCUCUACAGCUCUUUGCCAAAAAUGGACCUCAGAAUUGAAAUCUCCAUGCUCAAAUUGGUCUGUUCCGAAAAAUUCGUGAUGUUCGGACAUUCACGGCGCGAGUUACGGCGUUUUGAAGAUUUUGUGUUUACAUUCAUUUGCAUGGAACUUCCGCUGCAGUGAAAACAUUUUGUGAAAAAAUACUUUAUUUAUGAAGUUUUAUUGAUAUGUUGUUCGUGAUGAGUUUUAUUUGCUUAUUUUGGCUAUAAUCUGGCAGAAAACAGACAAUUCUUUUGACAAUCACACUGUUCUCCAGGCCAAUUCUAUUGUCUUUUCGCUGUCUUGAAAAUCCCACUGAUCUCCAAGCCAUCCAGUCACGAUCCAGUGAUCAGAAUGUUGCACUGUCUUUUCAUUUUUUUGCAAAUCUCACUGUUCUCCAUGUCGUCCAGUCAAGAAUUGUUUCCAUUGACAUAUUUUAGCCGUUUUGCCAAGGGGCUAUUCCCUAUUUUAAAUUUCAAACCCUUUAUGUAGUUAUAUUACCUCCAACAAAUGCACCGACCGACAUUUCAAAUAAUAUAACACAACACGAAUUUCUAAUAUAUUUCUCUGCAAUUUACAAGAAAAAAUUCUUCUGUGAAUUAAUAUGAUAGUUAUUCUACUCUAUCUAACUUUGAUGCACUAGUUCAUUAUUAAAGUUGGUCUAGUUAGAAAGCUCUGCUGUAAUACAUCUGGAUAUGUCUAGUAUCAUAAUAAUACAUUUCUAGAUCUGUCUUUGAGAUUCAGAACUUUUGUUUGAUAUCUAAUUGAACUACACACGUAAAAAUGCACAAGGUGUUACAGGUCUGCAAACAAGUUGUUAUAAAUCUGUUCACAAGCUGUCGACAAGUUGUGUUCGCAUUGCUUGUUCCUAGUUUGGAACACGCUUUUAACAGCUUGGAAUAGGCUUGAUGGCAUUAUCAGACUUGUUACAAGGUUCUAACAAGUUUGAUACAGUCAUGAUACAACAAGAAUUUUACAAGGUUGACGACAAAAGGCUGUAACAAUAUUGUUAUAUCAUGACUGCAUCGGACUUGUUGGAACAACCUUGCAACAAAUCUGUUACAACUGUUAACAUGUUGUUCCAUACUUGUCGACAACUUGGGACAAUUUUACAAGGUUGACGACAAAAGGUUGUAACAAUAUUGUUAUAUCAUGACUGUAAUAUUGUUAUAUCAUGACUGUAUCGGACUUGUUGGAACAACCUUGCAACAGGUCUGUUACAACUGUUAACAAGUUGUUCAAUACUUGUCGACAACUUGGGACAAGCAGUGCGAACACAAUUUGUUGACAGCUUUGUUGGCAGACUUACUACAAGAUGCGAGAUUUUUGCGUGUGCAUAUGGAAUAACCCAGGGAUAAACCAUCGAUGAUCGAUCACUUGCACGAAUUUUGAAUUCUACGCAACACAGGCGGCGCAUAUUGACAUAGGAGUGAUACAAUCUGAGUGACAGAAUGCACCACAGCGUCUACACAUGACCAUAGGCUUCAGCACACACAUGCAAGGGAAACCCAACGUAUUGUUCACCGUCUUUGUCUCUUUCUUCUUCUUGCUUGCUUUCUUGGCGGGCUUUUCCUUCGUCGCUGACUGCUCGCUAACUACAGGAGUGCUAGGAAGAACCGACGUAGAUUCUUGUAGUGAAGGUGCUUUUGCUUCUGUUGGACUUGCUUUUUGUUGAUUAAUACCUGCAAAAGUUAUAGUUGUUGAUGA